UCCCCUUCCCACCCCGGCCCACGCCUGCCUGCCCCGCCCCCUCCUCCCUGAGAGGGAGACACAGGGGGCAGAUAGCCUCACCCACGGGUGCUGAACUUACCGAGGCUGAAGCAGGAGGAGGCCGUGACCAUGGAGUCUCAGCAACCGCUGCUGGCCGCCCUGUGCCUGCUGGGAGUGCUGGUCACUUCCUGCCUCGGAAGGCCCGCCGCCGACUCAGAGCUCCCACUGAGACUGCGCGGCUCCAACUCUCCGUGCCAGGGCCAGCUGGAGGUCCACUUCGACGGCGAGUGGCAUACGCUGGACAGCCGGAGCUGGGGCCCCGACCGCCCGGAGGACCCCAAGCAGGUCUCCAAUCUCUGCCAGAAGCUGAACUGCGGGGAUGCCUUGGUCCUGACCCACAUCUCUUACUUCAGCAGCCCCCAGAACCAGGUCAUCUGCCAGGGGCAGCUGGGGUCCUUCUCCAGCUGCAACUCCAGCGCAGCAAACCAGAGGGCCCCUCUGGGCCUGAUCUGCUUAGAGCCACGGAAGACAAGCCCUCCUACCACAAGGCCGCCGCCCACCACGCCAGAGCCCACAGCACCUCCCAGGCUGCAUCUGGUACCAGGGCCCGAGGGCCUGCGGUGUGCGGGCGUGGUGGAAUUCUACAGGGGCGGCCUGGGUGGCACCAUCAGCUAUGAGGACCAGGACGGGCCCAAGGACCUGGGGGACCUCAUCUGCGGGGCCCUUCAGUGUGGCUCCUUCCUGAAGCGCCUGCCGGAGGCCAAGGCAGCCAGGACGCAACCCCCAGGGGAGAUCGGGCACUUGCCAGUUCGGUGGGAGAUCCAGAGCACCAACUGUACCUCUCUGGAGCAGUGUUUCAGAAAAGUCCAGCCCCGGAAGGACGGCCGAGUUCUCGCCCUCAUCUGUUCUGAUUUCCAGCCCAAGGUGCAGAGCCGCCUGGUGGCGGGCGGCGGCACGUGUGCGGGCUACGUGCAGGUGCGCCGGGGCCGGCAGUGGGAGGCCCUGUGCCACAACUCCCAGGCCAAGGCCACCUCUCGGUGGGAGGAGGUGUGCCAGGAGCAGCGGUGCGGUGGCGUCAGCUCCUCCCAGGUGCUGGGUGCCGGCGACAAGACCUCCCGGGGGCUCGUCUGUCACCAGGAGAAGCUGUCCCAGUGCUACCAGCUUCAGGAGAUAACCCACUGCAGGCGGGUGUUUGUCACAUGCAACGAUCCGAACCCGGCGGGCCUGGGCGCAGGCGCCGUGGCAAGUAUCAUCCUGGCCCUCGUGCUCCUGGCGGUGCUGCUGGUCGUGUGCGGCCCCCUCGCCUACAAGAAGCUGGUGAAGAAAUUCCGCCAGAAGAAGCAGCGCCAGUGGAUCGGCCCGACAGGAAUGAGCCAGAACAUGUCUUUCCACCGCGAUCAUGCGACAACUGUCCGCCGAUCCCAGGUCGAGAACCCCACAGCCUCACACGUGGAGAAUGAGUACAGCCAGCCUCCCAGGAACUCCCAAGUCUCCGCCUAUCCAGCUCUGGAGGGGGCCCUGCAUCGGGUCUCCACCCAGCCCGACAACUCCUCUGACAGUGACUACGACCUGCACGGGGCUCAGAGGCUGUGAAAGACCCAGGAAAUGGGAACGAACAUCCAGAGCCAGACCACUUGUCCUGAGAACAUUCUGUAUUUGCCACUUGGAAAUACGACCCCCGAUCUCUGCCCCCGCCAGAACAUGGACGGAAGGCAGGGGGCCUUUCAAACAUCCCGCAGGAGCCUGGCCCAGGGGAGGCCCGCACAACAGCUCGGCUGACCCCAAAAGUGUGGCAGCUGGGAAAGGGCAGAGCCCACAGAUAAGCAGCCCCCCCCCGGGGCAGAGACAUCUGCGGGGGCCAGGCCCUGGAGGGCCCCCGCCGUCUGUGGGAAGCAGCACCCAAGCAGAAUCGGCUCCUCAGACCGAGACUCCAGGGAGGACUGACAGGAAGCUCACGGCUCGGGGGAGAGGUGGGAGCUGAAUACUCUAGUGUAUUUCUAAUAUGUCCUUUGUAAAUAACGCCUUUUCUACUUUCUAAGAAUUAGUGUCCAG